CAUCCGUCCUCAUCCACGCCGCGUGAUGCCCCUCACAUCCACGCAGAGCAGCCCGUGGAAUAGUAGGAGUUGGACUAGUGGGAGUAUAGAAGCGCUCUUCACGCCUUCCUCGUCUUUCAUGGAUUCGCCUUUUUUCCGGAAUAUUGCUCCAUCCCAUCGCGAGUGAGGAGUCGUGAAACCUGAGAGGAGAGGUCUCCUGACGGGAGCCAAGAUGGCGUCCAACCACAUCCUGCGCAGCUACUCCAUCAUCCCGUGUUUCAUCUUUGUAGAGCUCGUCAUCAUGUCCGGCACAGUCUUGCUGGCUUACUACAUGGAGUGGACAGACCUUUUCAGCGUGCACGUGCAGGGCUUCUUCUGCAACGACGCGGAGCUGAUGAAGCCGUACCCCGGGACGGAGGAGGCCAGCUUUGUGCCCCCACUAAUCUUGUAUUGUGUGGUUACCGCUGCUCCAACCGCUAUUAUUUUUGUCGGCGAAGUGUCCAUGUACGCCAUGAAAUCGACAAGGGAAUCUCUCUUGGCCCAGGAGAAGACAAUCGUAACUGGCGACUGUUGUUACCUCAACCCUCUUAUUCGUCGUGUCAUACGCUUCAUAGGUGUGUUUGCAUUUGGCCUGUUUGCCACAGACAUCUUCGUCAAUGCGGGCCAGGUGGUCACGGGUGGUCUCUCGCCCUACUUUCUAUCAGUGUGCAAACCCAACUACACCGGCACCGAGUGCCGUUUGAACCAUCAAUUUAUCACCAACAGCAACAUCUGCACCGGAAACCCCAUCAUUGUCGGGAACGCCCGCCGCUCGUUUCCGUCCAAAGACGCCUCCCUGAGCGUUUACUCUGCUGUUUACCUAACGAUGUACAUCACCAGUACCAUUAAGACCAAGUCCAGUCGCUUGGCGAAGCCUGUACUAUGUCUGGGCACUCUCUGUUCAGCCUUCCUCACCGGACUCAACCGGGUCUCAGAGUACCGAAACCACUGUUCAGACGUUGUGGCUGGAUUCAUACUGGGAUCAGCGGUUGCCGUUUUUCUGGGUGUGUGCGUGGUGAACAACUUCAAAUGUGUCCACGGUGCAAUAACCAAACAGAAGAGUGAAGAUUACCGCGGUCUCCCCCUGAUGACUUUCCCUCGCGUCGAGAGUCCACUGGAGACUCUUAGUGCACAGAACCACUCGGCAUCAAUGACGGAGGUCACAUGACUAAGGGGGCAGCACCGGGUCACGUUUGCGUCUCCGCAGCACUUCCAGACACAAUGACAAGGACGCAUGUCACGUGGCUUCGAUUGCUUACCAAAAUCAAACACUGAUAUAUCUGUCUAGUUCACCUCCGGGGGACGAAAUCCACCAUGUUUGUAAUGGGCAUCCGUAUUACAAAAACAAACUCAAGCACAGAUUUUCUUCAUAAUAACUCAUUGCAACAUGGGGCAUUUAUGUUCCUCCAAGGUGUUCUGUUUUUUAGUUCGAGGAUGGUGUUUUGCACAUUUUGUAUGAGCGAUUGCUGUUUAACCUACCCUGACAGUGGUCCGCCUGCACACCUUUGUGUUGCAUCUCAUCCUGUCAGGUGACUUCCCUCCGUUCACCACGUCCUGUCCCGUCCCCCUCAGUCUGAAAAUGUGCAAUGGAAAACUAGCAAUGUUGAUGUUGUCAUUCUGUGAUGUUUGUCAUUUGUACAGAAAAAAAAGAUAGAAUCCUUCUUUUUUUUUUUGUUAUGGCUGUAUAUGAAUUGACCACGUCAGCUCGAAUUUUGUAAAGAUUUUUGUUAAUCUGUACUAUUACGAUCCUUUUGGACCUGUUUGCCUGCUGUAAACAUCAAUAUGUUUUGGUAUCAGUCAGACACAUUCACGCUGUAUUAUCAGCAACAUGUAUGACCAUGCACAGGGUCCCCAACAAUUUGAUAUCAUUUCAUAGUCUAACAACCUAACCAAUUCUCCAUCAAAUUAUCUAAAAUUUGAAUGAGAUGUUUAAAAACUAAGUUUGAAUGAGACAUUUUAUGCAUUUUAUUUAUAAUUAGCUCCCAGAUGUCUCAUUUUACAUCCUUUUGUCAUAAAUACCCCGAGGAUAAAAAAAGUAUCCACAAUUGGCUAUAAAAUCUAUAUCCAUUUGAAUAUGUUGUUGGAACUUUCAUAAGUAAAUCUUUAAUUUUUUUAACAUGAAGCCCAUGUAAUUUUAUUUGCCUAGUGUUUCUCAGACUUAUUUAAAAAAGAAAAAAAACUUAUCUCUCAAACUACAACCAUAAUGACCAACAUUAAAAUAUGAUAACGUAAUCGGACUAAGUGUUCAUCAAAAAUGAGAGAGAGGUUUUAUUCCUUAAAAGUAUAUUUAUUAUUCUAAGCCACUGUAACCAUAUAAAGUUUGACCAUUUACAAUGAGCUUAAAUAUAGUAAAAUUUAAAAAAACUGCUUGAAUAAAGAUACAGUUAAAAAAGGUAUUGCACAUUAGAGUUAAAUAAAACUUGUAAUUAAAUAUUUUAAAAAAUAGUUAAAGAUUAAAUGCAAAAUGUAUUGUACUUAAAAGUUAAAUACAACUGAACUGUUUGUUGUACAGUACUUGAAGAGUAAAAAAUGUACUGUAAGUUAUUUAUUUUAUUUGUAUUCAAUUCAGUGAUUCUUUUGAGAAGAAGCCCGCCUACCGCUGAUGGUACAGGUAAAAUACAGAUUCGGUGGCCUACGACAUGUCGUUAGACAGACAUUCAUAUUUCAAAUGAUGUCACUUUUUUUGGGACACCUUGGAUGUUCAGCUCCAACUACUGUACAAUCUACUGUAUGUGUAUCCGGAUUCAUUGUUUUUUUCGUAGGAGUUUCUUUUCAGAGAGGUACUGCUGGGCUAGCCUGUGCCAGACCACUCCAAAAUCAAAUCCUACUCUUUAUACUGUAGAAACAAGACAAGUUUUUGGGGAAUAAAUGGCUUGCUAUAAGGCCUGGCUAGCCAUUUUAAAAAUUGUGCACCAGGCUAAUAAUUACUUUACCUUUCCUCCUUGAGGUAUCCCUCCCCCACCCACCAGUGGAUUGUGAUGCAAUGUUGUGACUCCAUUUCCUAUUGGAAGAAAACACCCAGCAUGAAGAGAGAAGUCAAG